CUAAUCAUAAUGUUAACUCUAGAUCAUAUGAUCCUCCUGUCAUUCCUAACCCUUCAUAAAUGCUUCAUGAGUCCUAGUUCGUUAGCAUUUCUCAAAAACAUCUGUUUCUCCCUAAUAACCCUUUUGAAAUCAAUAAUCAAUCCGACAAAGUCUAUUCCCAAUUGCCCUUUGAACCACAACCAUUGGAGAUGAUGUUCGACAAUCUACCCUUUUAAUAAGCAAUCUCCCAAUAAAUCAUUGUGAAACCAUCCAAAUUUUCAAAUCUCAAAAAACCCACUCCUCCUGCAAUCUUACCACAAAAAAGGUCUUGUCACGAUUAAUAACAAUUAAGAAUGCCCAAUUAUGAAUCUUAAAAAGAACCCUUCAAAUCCUAAAAAGGACUAAAACAUUUAUCAAUCAAAGUUAAACAAAUAGUCUUCGAAUUCAAAUCCACGUCCUACAAGGAUGUCGCAGAAAGACUUAUUUAAGAAUUGAUUUAAGAAGAAGGUAGAAUUUCAGAUUGUGAUAAUUCAAAAGAUGAGUAGAAUAUAAAAAGGAGAGUGUAUGACGCGCUUAAUGUAAUGAUUGCCUCUAGAGUCUUAAAAAAAGAUGGUAAAAAGGUUAAAGCCGACUUUGACACUUUGGUAUUAGGAAAGAAUAUAUUACAGGAAAAAUCAUUUCAAAAAGAAUAACUUACUAUUAUGUAAAAAACUGUUGAACUCAAAAAAAAAUAAUUGGCAGAAAUUGUUUGCAAAAUCAAGGCAGCUAAUUCCCUUAUCUAAAGAAAUAAAUCCUUAGAACUCAAUUAAGAAUAAUAAUUGUUUUAUUUUCCAAUUUUGCUAUUCACUCAGAAUGCCAAUCAUUCCAAAUUUAUUAAGGAUAGAAAAUAAUUAAAAAUUUUAUUGAAGUCCAAAGCAAACUUCAUAGCUGAUUUAGAUAUUGUUAAAAAAUUAUAUAAUGAAACCAUCGACUUAAAGUACCUAAUAGAUGAAUGCGAGAAUUUAUACAUAUGA